AUGUCGAAGGCUGGCAUACCUUCUCCCAGAUCAACUCAGCCAGUCUCUCAACAAGCCGAGCACUUGGGUGAGAGUUGGGCUGCUGACGAUGAGCAGCAGUUGACUGCCCAGGACGAGCCAUGGCCUGCCGAUGAUCCCAGUCACCAGGCGGAGCCGUGGAAAGCUUCCGAUGAUGACGGCCCCGAUGAGGAGCAGUGGAAAGCUGCCGAUGAUGAAGGCUCCUAUGAGGAGCAGUGGGAAGCUGCCGAUGAUGAAGGCCCCGAUCACGAUGAUGAGCAGUGGGAAGCUGCCGAUGAUCACGGCCCCGAUGAGGAGCAGUGGAAAGCUGCCGAUGAUGAAGGCCCGGAUGAGGAGCAGUGGAAAGCUGCCGAUGAUGAAGGCCCCAAUCACGAGGAGCAGUGGAAAGCUGCCGAUGAGCAAGGCCCCAAUCCCGAGGGCGAGCAGUGGACAGCUGCCGAUGAUGAAGACCCCAAUCACGAUGGCACAAGCAUGGCUGAUGAGGAGUGGGAGGCGGCUGUCGGCGCAGAGACCGACAUUUACCCCACGUGGCCAAGGGCCCCGAUCACAAACGUGACCCAGGAGUAUCCUACGAAGGCCGACCGAGAGCGUCUCGAUGUUUGGUGGUCCAAGUACAAGACAAACCCAGCCCAGGACAUGGCACUCUGGCUCGACGCAGCCACCGAUGAGGAGUGCCCGAAGAUCCCGGCCAAGACUGCCAAUGAUGAGGCAGGCGGAGAGGAGAGGCCGUGCAUCAUGGCAAGCCAGCUGAUCGCACCCGCGACCUCAAAGGUCCUGCUGCUGGACAAGGGCAUGCGUUUCGCGGAGCGACAGCACAGGUGGAACAACAGUGAGGAGAGAAAGCAGGUGCUGCAGGGAAUGGACAUCAAUGAGAUGAAGCGUCGCGAUCCGAAACGCCAAAAGGUCAAGGAUGCCAACCGGUUGGCUAGACGGGUUGCAUAUUUGCGGAUCGAAUAUCAACACCGAUCUGGGUCCUACUACAUCCUCGAAAAUCCCACUGGCUCCAUGCUGUUCGAGUAUCCGUGCAUAAAGGCGAGAUUGCGAGCCCACAAUGCCAAAUCCAUAAACCUUUGCCUCGGAGCCGUGGGAGCUCCGUCGAGAAAGUGUGUUACGCUAUGGGGCACUGCGCCGUUUCUGAACAAGCUCUACGAACAACUGUCCGGCACAAGGAGGAACCAGCUGCGUCGUAUCCAAUCCUUCCUCAAGAUGGACAUAAGCCGUGGAUAUGUCGAUGAGCACGGCCGUGCUCGCCGAGUCGCUGAUCUACUGGAUGAACAUUUCAAGACCCUGAAGCCAACACCUGUUGUCAACGAGCUGGAUAUGGAGCUUAUGGACAGCAGUGAUACUUCAAGCUCCGAUUCUGGCCUCGAGGACCUGGCUCAGAAGUUGCCUCGGAACCCAAAUUAUUAUGCACUCGGUGUGUUCGCCAUGCACAUCCGGUAUGAACAGGCGAAUAGCGUGUAUCAGCGUGUAUCGGCUGUUAGAAAGCUGGCAAAGGGUGGUGGCAAAACCCAUGGAAAGGAUGGUGCCAAUGGUGCUGGCACAGCCGCUGGGAAGGCUGGUGGCAAAAGUCCCGGAAAGGAUGCUGGCAAAAGCCCUGGAAAGGAUGGUGGCAAAAGCCCAGGAAAGGGUGGUGGCAAAUCCCCAGAAAAGGGUGGUGGCAAAACCCCCGGAAAGGAUGGGGGCAAAACCCCCGGAAAGGAUGGUGGCAAAUCCCCGGGAAAGGAUGGUGCCAACACGGAUGGAAAGGCUGGUGGCAAAAGCCUUGGAAAGGAUGCUGGCAAAUCCCCCGGAAAGGCUGGUGGCAAAUCCCCUGGAAAGGAUGCUGGCAAAUCCCCCGGAAAGGAUGGUGGCAAAUCCCCUGGAAAGGAUGCUGGCAAAACCCCCGGAAAGGAUAGUGGCAAAUCCGCUGGAAAGGAUGGCGGCAAAACCCCCGGAAAGGAUGGUGGCAAAUCCCCUGGAAAGGAUGGCGGCAAAACCCCCGGAAAGGAUGGUGGCAAAUCCCCUGGAAAGGAUGGCGGCAAAACCACGGGAAAGGAUGGUGGCAAAUCCCCUGGAAAGGAUGGCGGCAAAACCCCUGGAAAGGAUGAGGCUCAGACCGGUGGCAUGAAGGGUGCCAAAGGCGGGAAGCAGGGCAAAACCAAGAGUCCGGAGGCCAGUGAGCCAGGAUCUGGCAAAGGUAACAAAGGCAAGGGCAAGACCAAGGCCGUUUCCAAGGAGGCAUCCGCACCGGAGGGCAAAGGCACAGUGAAGAUUGGAUGGGCUCUAUCUGGCCCCGCAGACAUCCCGCUCCAGCAACGCAAGGCCCUGAACGAGAAGCUCCGUAGGCGCAUGAACAAUGGCCAAGGCCUACGCAAGGGCUUGGUGGCUCAAUGGGCUGCAACCCCGCCAGGCUCCAUGGCCCGGUUCGAAUUUCUGAAGGCUUUCCUCUUGGACAAGGACAUGUCUAGCAUCGUAGCCAAAGAGAAAGAAAUCUUCGAAGAGCUGCCAUUGUGCAUGAUCAAAGAAAUUUACGAGAAGGGCGCCGGGAAGAAGCACCCACAAUCCGAUGAUGAAAACAUGCGGCUGUAUAAGCUCUUCAAGUCGAACACUAUCAGCAGUGCCUGGGCAGGAUCAUAUCCACUUACAAAGUGUGUGCUAGUUCCCUCCGGCCCGGUGACCCUCUAUGAUAUAGUAUUGUGCCAAGAUGCGAACAUCAACAGAGUCGGCAACAAGACGACGGCCAGCGUGGAGGCCUCGACCAACAAGGCAGAGAGAGCUGCUAUCGCAGAGACGAUUCAAGGAAAGGUCGCAGGGAUGCACAAAAGUGCCUUGACACCGGCGCCCAAGAAAGGGGAUGGAAAGAACAAACGCAAAAAGGACUGCGAGAGAAUCGUACUGGGAAGUGUUUAUCGGGAUUUACCGGGAGCUUUCUUCAGUAUUUCUAGUCCUGCAGGAACUUACACCGGAGGAGAUUGCGAAAAAGGCUUUCGAUAA